CCCACCCUCGGCCGCCACCUGGGUUGCAAAGACGCCUCUCUCCAACCUCGCCUCAGAGAUACUGUCGCCCGGACGCUGACCCUCCCACCUGGCCCAAGGCCGAGGCCCCGGCGACCCGUAGAGUCGGGGUCUGCCCGGCCAAGCCGCUCCCGGAGCCUACAGGCCGUCGCCAUGGCAUGCAGUCUGCAGAAGCUGUUUGCUGUGGAAGAGGAGUUUGAAGAUGAGGAUUUCUUGUCAGCCGUGGAGGAUGCAGAGAACCAGUUUGCUGGCUCCCGGCCUGUGAAUGCUGGGUGCCUGAGACCUGCCUCUUCCCGGCCACAGGAGGCCCAGCUGCUGCCACGCCCCACCGCCCCUUCAGAGGCUGCAGGCCUGCCAGCCCUGGGACUCCGCCUUCCUACCUCCGGCAUGCCCAGGGCCAUUGGGGGUCUACCUUCCACAGGAACAGCUCCCCUAAGGCCUGUCUCGACGUCCAGCAGCUGGACUGGCAAUCAGGGAAGAGUGACACUGACAGAAGUGCUCGAAGAGCCAGCAAGACCCCAGUCCUCAGCCUCCCACCCCCAGCUCAUCUUUAAGAGCAGACAGCAGGUGGUUGGUGGCUUCGAGGGGCCUGAACAAGAUGAAUUUGAUGAGGUCCUGGCAAGCAUGGAGCUGGAGGGGCCUGGCAUGGAGCUGGAAGUUGGAGUGAGCAGUGAGGUCACAGGAAUCCUGCCCACCUGGCAGCGAGAGGACUCAACAUUGGCUAAAAAGGCCCGGGUAGCUGAUCUGAGCAGACCUUGCCAAAAGGGGCCCGUGCCUGCCACCCACGUAACUGGUAUCCUGUCAGCCCGGGAUGCGCCCCCCGAUCCUGUUGUCCGCUGUGGGAUUCCCCAAUCCCACUCGAGACCUGGUGCCACGGGUUACCUUCCUGUCCCAAGUGCCGUGGUGGUUUGCGCUCAGCAACCCCAUUGGGAAGUCUCUUCCGACAGUCCCCCUCCUCGAGCACCCCAGCCUCUCCAAGCUGCUGGCAGGCCCAUUCAGAGCAGCCCUCAAAAUCACUUCCCUGGUCAGCCAUUCCAGUCCCCAAAUGCCUGCUUAACUGGCAGACCUCGUUUCCUUAGACCACAAACUCCCAGCUCAAGCUGUGCUACUCCCUCAAGGACUUCCUCUGAAUUAUUUCCUCGGGGGCCCUGCCGGCCCCGAGCUCCAGCGUCUUCUGUUGAGUCUCCUGUCAGCACCCUGAAGGGCCCCCGUCCCGCCCCGGUUCCUCAAGCUGCUCUGCAGACGCCCAUUGUCACCAACCACCUGGUGCGGCUGGUCACGGCUGCCAACCGGACACCCCAGCAGCCCACCUGCUCCUCCACCCGCGCCAAAAUGCGCCGCUUCCCCGGCCCAGCAGGGCUCCUGCCUCACCAGCACAGUGGGAAAAAUCUGGACGACAUCAUGGUUUCCACACCCCAGACUCCGACUCACGGUGCUCUGGCUAAAUUCCGGACAGAGGUUGUUACUAGUUCCCAGGCAUCGGUGGAGGAGGACUUUGGGCGAGGGCCCUGGCUGACCAUGAAAUCUGCUCUGGGCCUGGAUGAGAGAGACCCAGCCUGUUUCCUCUAUACCUACAGCAUCAUCAUGGUGCUGCGGAAGGCAGCCCUGAAGCAGCUUCCCAGGAACAAAGUCCCCAACAUGGCGGUGAUGAUCAAGUCCCUGACUCGGAGCACAAUGGAUGCCAGUGCAGUUUUCAAGGACCCCACGGGAGAGAUGCAGGGCACAGUGCACAGACUGCUGCUGGAGACACGCCAGAAUGAGCUGAAGGUUGGCUCAGUGCUGCUGCUAAAGCAGAUUGGAGUGUUUUCUCCUUCACUCCGAAAUCACUACCUCAACGUGACGCCCAACAACCUGGUCCACAUUUAUAGCCCAGACUCUGGGGACGGGAACUUCCUCAAAGCACCUCAGCCCUUUCCUAAGGAUCCAGGAAGCUUCCAUGAAAGCCUCCAGCAUGAGACUGAGAAGCCUGGGAAAGGCCCCAGGACAGCACAGAACCCGGAGGCAGGGGCGUCCCCUGAGAAAGAACACCCAGAAGCAGAUGACCUAGAUGGACUCCUGAGCGAGCUCCCUGAGGACUUCUUCUGUGGGACCAGCAGUUGGGACUGCCCCAAGGCAGGGCACCCCCCGUGAGCCGGCAGCCUCUUAGCAUCCAGGCAAAGCUGUGGUCGUGUCUGAUCACGUUCCAGGGAGAAAGGAAGACCAGCACAACUGGAGAACAAAGUCCCGGGGCUUCUGUGGCUGCUCCUACCCUGGACACUUUCCCCAAGAACACUCUUGUCCCUCGGAUUCUGCACUGCUGUCACUUUGAGUCUUCCUUUGGCAAACAGAACUCUGCCCAGAAUCGACUCUCCAGCCCUACUGUCCUCCAGGCCCUUGGGUGCAUAUUCCUUCUCCUCCUGCAACAGGGAAGGUGUGUCACUUUCCCACCUCAGCUUGACUUCAGAGGGUGUGGGGCCUGGUCCCUUUACUCCCUAAUCCCCGGACAGCUGAGGAGCCACACCAUAGCAGUGGAGACCUGUCCCUCCGGACAAGGAAGGAACACACUCAGCCUUCCCUCUGCUUUGUCUCGUGAAGCCAUAGCUGACCAGCUCACCUGUGCCCCAGGCUCCCAGAUGCAGGGGUAGGGAUGUGGCUGAGGCGCCUUAUUCUGAA